AUGUGGACAUUCAAGCUAGUGUGUCAUGUCUUCUUUCUCUUGGGCCACUUUGGCGCAUGUGUUGUGCAAAAUCACGCAGGCCCAGUGUGUGUGAGCAGAACAAGCUACGUCAACGAUGGAACUUGUUAUGACCUAGAAUUUGAGCUCUUCAAAAUUUUCCCAUUGCCUGAGUGGUUGGAUUGCGAGAUUUACUGUGAAAUAGAAGCUGAGAACUUCGAGUUGUGGUAUCUAAAGGUGAAAACGCUCGAACAAGCACGUCCCUUUGUCUGCAGCGUUGGAUGGGAGAGUAUUCAGUGGAGCUCAGAAAGUAUUCAUGGAUUCGUUUUUCCAGAUGAGCAUUCGUCUGAGUCUGAAUCUGGCUCUGCUUCGAACUCUAACUCUGAAAGUGAGCCAGACACACCGAGGGAAGUGGUCCAGCUGAGCAAGCGUGAAAACAGCCCUGACGAUCAUUGUGCAGCCCUAAAACCAGCAGAGCUGAUGCGCCUACGUGUGCUGUUUAUUUCCGUCAUUGUGGAUCGAUUAUUCGCAUCCUUGGGACAACUUGCUACUUUGAUGAAUGCGGUGUUCCCGGUCGCGGGCAGGUUAGGUGAAUACCUCAGUUUAGCUCCUUCGAACAACGGGGCUGAACAGAACGCAGAAUGGCCAUUCCCAACAAGCCCAACAACAUCUUCUCAAGAAGGAUUGAACCACUCAAGUCAUUUGAACCAGCCUGGGAUGUGUAUACCCUCGACAAAGGAUGCAGCAGCAGAAACAACGAGCCUUGACCUACUCAGCUGGUAUACAUGCAAUUGCGGACUGGCCUUUCGGUUCAAUCGCAUAUUGAUGACUGGACCCCUUGGCAAUCCUCGAGAUGACAACGAGGUCCUACAGUCCGAAUGCAAUGCCGAAGACUUUGCAAGGGAUCUCGCAGGAUUACCAACUGAGUGGUCCUUGUUGCCAGAUUCUGUUGUGAAAAGAUGGACCAGCAGUUUUGAUACUACAAAUGAAGAAGCACAAGUGGCUUCCAGGCUUGAGAUCGGCUUUCUGUGCCGAACUAGGGAUUUGGUGCGCGAGGGGUCAGAGGCUUGUUCCGCACUGCUUCGGAAGGAACCAGAAUGGCAUUUCUUACUAUGCGAAAGGUCUGAGAAGCUACGGAAGGCAAGAGAAGACGAACGCCUGAAACGCUCAGGUGGAUAUCCUGAUCCUUCUGACCAAUGUAGGGAUCUAAAAAGGCCGAGAGCCUUUAUGUAG